AUGGAUCCAGACCUCGAUUCAGCUUCUCAAAGAUCAGAAAGUCGCGUGGAAGACGACCAGCCUCCCCCUAGCAAAAAAGCAAGGACCAAUGGGCCGCGGCGCAAGCCGGCCUGCCAAACAUGUCGACGACGGAAGAUCCGCUGUGAUAAUGGCCAGCCAGCUUGUGGGUACUGCCACGCUAACGAGAUCCCUUGUGUUUACACUGCGCGCGGCGAUGAGCGUACGGUUGGUCAGCAGGAACUGGCCAAAGUCUUUGAACGGCUCGACACCCUGACCGAGACAGUAGAGAAUAUCCAGCACCUCUUGAUCUCCAGGAACAACACGCCGCUGGCUCCUCGGGACUCUGCGCCUGCCGUACAAUUACAGCGGCCCGAGCGCGUCCCCAAAAGAGCACAGGAAUGGCAGCAGGACUACCUGCAGAUCCCCGCCUGCCGAUGCAGCGCUGAUGCCGUGCUCACCUGGCCGAUUUUCGGCGGCCAGUUCCGAGACAAUUCGCUUAUCACGACGCUCUUCCAGUACUCCUCGGACGGAGGCGUCGAGCAUCAGUCCGUCCAGAGCGCCCACCCAGACACAGGUGGGUUUCGGAUCACGCCAGAUGAACAGAUCCCAGCACUGGUGGAUCAGUUCAUUCAGAAUGUCCACACGAAGAACCCGAUCCUGGAUCUGGAAGCACUCGUUCGGUCCGCCAGGCAUGCUGGCGAGUACGGGCUCCAGUGGGAUGCUCAGUCGUGCCUUGUACUCCUGGCCUGUGCGUUGGGUUGUAUUUCGCAGCCAUUUACUUCUUCCAGGCAAGGACAUGGCCUGGGAUGGGGUAGGCGUGCCUCUACGUCGAGUUCUUUGGGGAGACUGCGCGAGGGCGAGGCGUUUUUCAUGAUGGCCCGGAAAAGGAUCGGGCUAUUGAACUAUUCGGUCAUUGGGGCCGAAUGCCAUUUCUUCGCCGGGGUCUACCUCAUGUACACAUUUCGCCCCCUCCCAGCUUGGAACCACUUCUACCAGGCCUCGACGUUCUACCGUUUGCGACUGAGGCUGAUCGAAGGCCUCGACCGAUCCGUCUACGAAGCUGAACAGCAACCGCCCGUUGCACAACGCUUAGAGCAGAGUCUGUACUGGUCCUGCUUCAAAUCAGAGGUCGAAAUCCGCGUUGAACUGCCUCUGCCGCAGUCUGCGAUUGCCGAAUAUGAGUACCCAGCUCUCUUCCCCACGCCUCCGACUCUUUCAGAAGAAUACCCAACACGUCAAGGUCAAAACCACAUUUCAGACUGGGAUGUUCGUGAUGAGCCCGCUUCGGCCCCUGAGCCCCCAGACCUCGUGCCAGGUCAAGCCGUAUAUAAUCACAUAUCACGUCUCUUCAAUGAAGAACAGAGCUGGUACUAUUACCUAACGGAAGUCGCGCUCCGACGCAUUGGCAACAGGGUCCUGAAUGCUUUUUAUCGAGAAGACUCGUCAACAUGGGCCAACGUCCGCCCGCUGAUUCCAAUGGCGCUUGAGUUCGAAUCGCAGAUCAACGCCUGGUUCGCCAACCUGCCACCGUCGAUGAGAUACUACGAGAGCGGUCCGGACACCAUCCAGCACGGCCAAAGGACAUCGACCCGAGAAUCCAUUUCGCUCGAACUUAGCUGGGCGAUAGGAAACCGGUUCCUUGAAAUCCGCCUCUGGCUGUACCAGCCGUUCCUCUACUACGCUGUCCACCAUUACGAUCAGUACCACAAGCCACCACCUAUCCACACCGAAGAAGAAUCAACCAUCAUCCAAGACCUCGUAAAUUCCGGAAUAGACUGCACGCUCAAAAUAUUGCAGGCGCGGUGUCUUCGACACCGGCACCACGGGAUCUGGUUCGAUUUAAGAGCGCUGGUGACUGCCUCGCUGAUUGUUAUAGCCUUUGCGCGGAGUGGCACAAACAGUGUUGAGCUCGCACGUAUAUAUCGUGCAGGACUAAGGACGCAUCUCACCCCGACGCUCGAGACGCUCGCGUACUGGGCAGAUGAAGCGCCGGAUAUUAAGAGAGCAAGAGAGGUCUUGGAUGGGUUGCUGGAGGGGUUGGAGUAG